UCUAAUUCUUUUGUGUUUUUGUAGAGAUGGCAGAAAUCUGAGUGUGACUUGGUAGCUCUGGGGUGCAGCCUGCGGUCUCCACAUCUCAACAGCUCCCCGGUAGUGCUCCUGUGCUGCUCUGGGCCAAUUCUGUCAGGGGUGGUAGAGGCCUGGACCAUGCAUGCUCUGUGAUGUGGGCCACAGGGGCCGGGUCACACAGCUGAUGUGGAUGCCACUGACUGGCCCUAGGCCUGGCUUACCCCCACCUCCCUCUGAAGACCACUGCCCACCUGCUAUCCUUGCUGUCUGCCCCCCAGAGGACAUACAUUCUGGUGUGUGCUCCUUCACACCCUGCUUUCUGUAAGGGUUUGUGGCGUGCCUCUGCCUGGCACUGUCGUGGCACGCACCCCCUUGCUGUGCUGCCUGCCUAGCGCCUGGAAGGAGGCUUGGCCCCGCUUCCUCUGUCUCCUCUGUUGCCACCCUUUGUGACAAGUUUGCACUGUGUACCUGUACACAGGACAGAUGGCGUUCAGGCCCUGCCGUCGUCCCUGGGUCCCGGCCCCACUCCUCUGCGCCUCCUGCUGUUGUGACCCAUGCAGCCCAUCUUCUCUGCUGGGCUUUAGCCUCUGGGGAUAUCCAAGGAGCAGCCCUGAGUAUGGCAUGUGCUCCCCACUUUCCCAUCACUGCGAGGGUGCGGCUCAGCCGAGCGCAGCUCAAGUUCAGCUUCAGACCCUUCUGUUCUUACUUAAAGCACAUCCUUCCACAUACACCUGGAUCGGUGGGAAGUCUGCAGGAGGGGCCCUGAGACGCUGGCCAGCCCGCCUUCCAGGUUAGCGUUUGCUCUGCUCAGUGAGAUGGCCGCCUCCCUCCACAGAUAAGCAGGGUCCUCUCAACUUUGGAAUUUCUAGGUGUUAAUAUAUCACCCUUUCACAUUACCUUUCUAGACUGACAUUUCUGUUAUAUCCAUUUAGGAAGGAACAUCUGCUUUGUUAUGGGACAGUGCCAUUUGCACGGUUAUUAGAAAGCCAACCUUGUCACAGACACUGCUGCAUUCUCCCUCCGAGAGGGCAGCUGGACCUGGCUAUGGCAGAAAAAAGUCCCAGGGAGAAAAGCAGUUUUAGGAAAUACAGCGAAAUCAAAACAAAAUACCUUUUAUCCCUCUCCAAUGCGAAGAUGGUUCUUAAGAUCGGGUUGUGGGAUGUGGGCCGCUUCCACCAGCCCGAGCCCUCCGCGUGCGCCCACCCUCCCUCUCGACCUCAGGUACACGGAGUUUGGAGGCUGCGUUCCACUGGAUUCGGGUCACCCCAUCUUUACUCUUGGCUCUUUGAAAAGACCACAGUCCUGCCCCUACCCGCCAUGGGUGGGACUUUCUGGACAGUUCCAGGUGCUGGUGGCAGGUGUGUCAUCAGAAACCCCGAUGAGGACAUUUCUGGAUGGUGUCGCUGAGACAAAGCUGUCUCAGGUCUCCGUGUGGAGGGUGGCUAGAGUCGGGUGCCCCUGGAGCACUGUAGAAGCCAGGUCUGCUUUCUUUUUUGAGGAGUGAUGGCCUGUGUCCACUUCAUGGUGGCAAAUCACACUUUGAGAACUCAGUCACAAGAGCCUACUGAUAGCUGCAGCCCAGAAUGCAGGACCUGGGUCACAGGCUCCCUGGCUUCACCCAGGGUCUGUCUCUGCCCCCACACCCUGUUGGCCUGGGGUACCCCCAUGACCCAUGUCCCCAGGCCCUGGCUGGAACGUGCCAUACAGGGAAGACAGGCCCCACCUUUACAGCCUCCUCUGCUUCCCCGUUGCUUUCCCGCCGCCCGCCAGGGCCUUGGGGCCUUCACACAACAUCUCUCCUUCUCAGAACCCAGCUUAUCCCCGGUGUCUGGUUCACAACAUCCAGGCAGGCCCUUUUCUCCCUUGUUCACCAGUGGCCGGCACGGUUCCUUGCAUACAGCAGGCACUCAGUAAAUGCCUGGUGAAUAUUGGACUCCUUCACCUGCAGGAGGUGCUGAGACCUUCGGAAUGGCCAGGGAGCAGGUCUCCUGCCUCUGCCUCACCUGCCCUGUGCUCUGCCCCUGCCAGAGGACUCUUGGUCCCAGCCUCACCCUCUGCAUGGGCCUCUGCAGCACCACGUACACGGGGCCUGCGAUGCUGCCCCCAGCUGCCGAGGCCACAGCUGCUGCUGCCCAUUCCGGCUGCCUCCAAACCCACCGGUUUUCAGGAAGGGCCUGCUGCCAGGUGGCAGAUACCACGGCUUCUGUUUCUGAUGCCUGAGCUAAUGUCAGCAAUGUGGAAAGGGCAUCACUUGUUUUUCAGUUUCCCAACAAUGACAGUUGCAAGAAGUGUAGCUGUCAGUGGCAGAGCAGGAAGGAGGGCAGUGGCUGGGAGCAGAUGCCGGGACAGGGACGGCUCGGCCUUCAGACGCAGGCACUGGAGGCAGCACCCACCCCUUCCCUCCUCAGGCUGGUGGAGGAGCCUCUGCUGUCGCGGGACUUGGGGCAGCUCUCCCUUCUGGAUUUCCUCCUCCAACAUGUCCUGCUGGAGACAUGUGGCUUCCUUUCCUCCCAUGGUCCUGGAGGCCCAGUGCCUCCCUCCCCCGUGCUCCAGGCUGGGGCCCCACCUCCCUCCCGGUUCCUCUGCUCCGGACAGCAGUCUGUGACACCAGGGCCAUGCCCAUGCCAGCUGCCAUGCUGCACCCCAGCUGCUUGCUCCAGGUUUGUUUUGAUGGUGUACCGCUUUGUAAAGACUGUGGAAUUUGCACACUGAUAUGUGCGUAUUUGUAUAAAAAGGAUAUAUUUGACCUGUGGCCAAUGAUGAACGUGUCUGUUUAUUUCUAAGAUAUAAGGACUUAUAAAGAUAAAUGUAAGUAGGGUUUCCACUGUAUCCCUAGGCCCCAGUGAGCUGUCCGGCGCUCUCCCUGCCUGCUGUGCCUGGGCCCCUGUGAGCUGUCCGGCGCUCUCCCUGACUGCUGUGCCUGGGCCCCCGUGA